AUGCCCCUGACAAGUGAUGAGAUAGCAGCUAUCAUGUCUAAUACCAAUAAUUCGCUCCCUAAUCUCCCGCCUGGUCUCCCGCCCCCCACGUCUGAUCCCCUAUUGCGUCAGCUUUCCGAAUCACGCUCCCCGCUCCCUGAUUUCCUGCCCCCCACGUCUGAUCCCCCAUUGUGUCAGCCUUCUGAAGCACGCUCCCCGAGUCCUGAGAGGUCAGAGCCACUGCGCGAGGCCAAUUCAUCCAGCUGGGCAGCACAGAACCCAACACGAAGCAUUAUCCGCCCUCGGAUGCCACCACCUCGACUAACAGAUGCACAAAAGGCAUCUCGAAAGAUCAAGAGGGACCAGAGGACUGAGAGAACGAAGCACUUACAUAACGCAGUCGCUGAAUACCUGGACGAACAGAAAACAAAGAUUGAAGCACUCUCUCGGGCUCACCACAUUACACCCAAGCAAAUCAACGACAUCAUCGGCAGUCAGACACAUUAUCGCACCACACGUAAGAGUCAAUUGAUCCAUGCACUUAUUCAUGCCAAGGCAAAAGAGGUCAAUGCAGACCUACCCACAGGCUCUCGAUACUCGAUGGCCGAACUGCGCGAGAUGGUUGUGACUGACCCCAACACAGAAAACCUGACACGGGAACAAAAGGAGGCUUACAUUGCAGCUCUUGAGGAGCAUCGCGAAAGAAAAGUUGCCGGUGUUCGGGCUCAUAAUCUGGCAGCUGCGCGAGAUGUUGUAGCCACGACGGAUAGGAUCGUCAAAGAGAUGAUCUACGAGUUCGGGCAGGUGUCUAUGGAACGCUCUUUGUCGUCCGCGGUCACAUCAACGACACCCAUUCAAAGCGUGAUGCACGGCACGGAUAAUUCUGAAGAUUUUUGGAGGAUGCAAUACAAACAAUGGGCGUGCACCCAGAAUCAAAAUCUCAAUGAACGUGACUCUUUGGGAGCUGUAAGAAAGCAAGUAUGCAAGAUGAUCCUCCAGGGCCUAGUUGCCAUGACAGGCAAAAAAGAUAUCGCGAUGAAUUACAGUAACUACGAAACAUCCGUCGUUGAAACAUACGGAGUGCGGCUUGUGGGCUGGCCCCAUGGUGUCAAGUUCGUUAACCCUUCGAAUAUUGGGACCGUCGGUGAUAUUCGCAAGCUCCGGGAUGCUCUCAAGACACGUACAUGCUACUGGGCUGCUUUAUCACCAGCAGAGGUCAAGACUCACGCGUCCGAGCUUGAUACACGCCGUUCAGCCGGGGAAGCCGUUCGGAAGCCCCGAAAAAAACGUUCAGAUGCUGGAGUCCCUCGGAAGCGUAAAGGUGGGGCCUAG